AUGACAGAGGUUCACAAUUUAGGCGUUGAUGCCAUUAGUUGUCAUGCUUGGAAUAAAGAUAGAAAAGAGGUGGCAAUCUGUCCAAAUAAUAAUGAAAUUCAAGUUUACAAACGAACGUCAAGCGGUUGGAAAUUGUUACAAAACUUGCAGGAACAUGAUAUGCAUGUCAUGGGUAUUGAUUGGGCACCAAAUACCAAUCGAAUAGUAACAUGUUCUGCUGAUAAAAAUGCAUAUGUUUGGACACAAGAAGGAGAUGGGAAAUGGAAUCCAGCAUGGGUGCUUUUAAGAAUAAAUCGAGCAGCAACUUGUGUAAAAUGGUCUCCAUUAGAAAAUAAAUUUGCUGUUGGAUCUGGAGGUAGAGUAAUAGCUGUUUGUUAUUUUGUGUCUGAGAAUAAUUGGUGGCAGUGCAAGCAUAUAAAACGCCCAUUGAGAUCCACCGUAACUACAGUCGAUUGGCAUCCAGACAAUAAAGUUCUAGUUGCUGGGUCCACUGAUUAUAAAGUUCGUAUAUUUAGUGCAUUCAUUAGUGAUAUGGAAGAUGCACCUGGUAACGGUCCUUGGGGUCAUAGCAAUACUUUAGGAACGUUACUCGCUGAAUUCCAAAAUACUCCUAAUGGAGGAGGUUGGAUACACUCUGUUGCAUUUAGUCCUUGUGGUAAUAAUUGUUGGGUAGCACACAAUUCAUCGAUUUGCAUUGCAGAUGCUACUAAAGGAAAUGCAGUUAUACGAUUGUAUACAGAGCAUUUGCCAUUUUUAAGUUGUGUAUGGAUGGGGUCCAAUUCCAUUGUUGCUGUGGGACAUAGUUGUAUGCCUAUGUUAUAUUCCAUAGACGACCAUGGUCAACUAUAUUUUGUAUCAAAACUAGAUAAUACGCAAAAAAAAGAAGCUGCCGGUUUGUCUGCCAUGCGUAAAUUUCAAUCGUUAGAUCGCCAAGCGAGAACCGAUACGAAUGACAAUGCCUUGGAUAGUAUUCAUCAAAAUACAAUUAAUUGUGUACGCAAAGUAUCGGAUAACGAAUUUAGCACGAGUGGUUUAGACGGUCAAUUGGUAGUUUGGGAUCUUAAGCUUCUGGAAAAUUCCAUUGCUGGUCUCAAGAUAUCAUAGGUAAAAAUCUUUUUUUUUAUAUUGAAGGAAGACGGAAUCAAAGGAAGAUAUUACAUCCGAAGAAAAGAUGUAUAAAUGUUAAAUCUGAAA